GGAGUGAUAAGACCUGUCAGCUGGCAGUGCCACAUCAGACCACUCAGUCCCCCGGGUUUCCGCCAUACCGACCGUCGCCAUGCUUCUUCUACUUGCCCUUGUCUUGCCCUGCGUUUUGGCUCAGUCCAACUACACCAUCAUAGAUUGUCUGAAAGCUAGCUCCCGGGAACAAGUUCUGGUCUCCCUAAUCCAACAGGCGGGGCUCACCGAUGUACUCGCCACUGGAGGGCCAUUCACGCUUUUCGCCCCCGACGAUGCCGCUAUCAGGGCCCUCCCAUCAGAUACGCUCGCUAUGCUUAAGAACGAUAGCAAUGCUUUGGCGGAGAUCCUUAAGUACCAUGUGGUCAGUGGCACGUUCAAAAUGGCUGACCUGAAGGUCAAUGAGCUGAUGUUGGAGACGCUGGCCGGGGACCAACUCAGAAUCAACGACUACAUGUUCAAUCACAGACUCACUGUAGAUGGCGCUCCAAUAACCUAUGCUGAUAAAGUCUGCAGCAAUGGAGUUAUCCACCGUAUCAGUCGGGUUCUCAUGGCCCCCAAAGGAACUGUGGUCGACGUUCUUCAAGCCGACGGACAUUUCAGCACACUUUUAGCUGCUGCUCAAGCCACGGGUUUGGUCGACGCCCUUCAAGAGGGACCCAUUACCCUUAUGGCUCCAGUGGAUAGUGCAUUCUCACGUCUAGGAAAUGAUACCGUUUCUAAACUUCUAGCCAACCCAGACAUCCUAGCAGAGGUUCUAAAAUACCACGUGAUCCAUGGUGCUCUGUACGCAGCAGGCAUGCACUCCGAGUAUCUCAACACCCUGGAACCUAACGACAGAGAGAGGCUCUACGCCUCAUUUUCAGGAUACACAGUUGUGGUUGAUGGAGCCCGCGUCACACAGAAAGACUUAAGUGCUACUAACGGCGUCGUCCAUAAGAUUGAUCACGUGCUCAUACCUUCUAGUCUCAAGGCGAAAAUCGCCGCUCUCUAACACUGUACAUAAACUUAAUAAAACUGCAAUAUUUUAUGACCAA